AUGGUGACCUGCCGGCAGAUCCAGGAGCUGACGAAGGCGCGGCUCGAGGGCAGUGUGCCGAGCUACCCCGAGCAGUGGAUCGAGGGCCCCAUGGCGCGGCGCGACCGCGCGAUGAUGCGGCGGGGCAUGCUGCGCCGGAGGCUGCCCAAGGUCAAGGGCGCGGCGAAGAAGGCGGCGCGGUCGCCGUCGCCGCCCGGGUCCGCCGGCAACGGGCGGCCGCCGUCGCCGAACCGGGGCCACGUGCCCAUGCGGGGCCCGAAGACCCAGGUGCUCGGGUCCGGCAAGGCCGGCGGCGAGGGCGACGAGCCGACGAGCCUCGCGCUCCCGCUCAAGCCGCUGCGCUGGCCGCGCGUGCGCGACGAGCAGCUCCAGACCGUGUGCUCCAUCAAGUGCAUGCUCAAGGAGCUCCACGCCUACCUCCAGGCGAACUCGUCCACGCUCGUCGAGGCCUUGCCGCGGCGGUCGGUGAACGGCGAGGGCUUCGUGUCCAUCGUCACGCUCCACCGCUGGCUCUGCUCCCUGAAGCGCGAGCCGGGCAACGGGCCCACGGGCGUCGAGGGCCUGCGGCUGUCGCUGACGCCGGACGCGGAGACGAUCCGGAGUAGGGCUCUGGCGGUGCGGUCCCAGUACGCGCGGGGCAAGCCCAUCCCGCCCGCGGUCAUCCGGUCCAUGGUGAACUUCCUCGACCGCGAGGACCGGGGCGUGAUCCUGAUGGCCGACUUCAUGGAGUGCUUCCGGGUGGCGAAGCGGCUCGCGCUGGACCUGGACCGCAUCACGCCGUCGAAGAAGGACCUCGUCGUGCUCAAGAGCCAGCAGGAGGAGGAGAAGGCGCGGGCGCUGGAGCAGCAGGAGCAGACCAUCGACGAGGAGGAGGAGGUCGAGGAGGUCGACAAGGAGCUGAGCUGGUACGACGAGGACGUCGAGCUCACGCAGCGGCGCAAGGUCAAGGAGGCCGCGACGGAGGGCGACGAGGACGCGCAGCCGUCGCUGGCGUCGUCCUACGGCGCCGUCAACGAGGCCGACGUCCACGAGCUCGUCGACGUGCUCUUCAGCGAGUACGACGAGCUCCUGCUCCAGGAGCUCGAGGCGUCGAGCCGCGUGCUGAAGCGGCUGUGGGCCGUCGCGCGCGAGGGCCACCGCUACGGCUACCGGAGCCGCGCGGAGGGCGAGGAGAAGGAGCGCGCCCUCGCCGCGUCCUACAAGCCCAUCUCGGAGCGCGACUCCGUGUCGACGUUCCGCGGCGAGGCGGGCAUGGGCAGCCAGCGCGAGACGGGCGCGGACGACCCCGUGGGUUUACUGGAAGGCGCCGAGCCGCCGCUCCACGUCGCGCGCGUCUUCGUCGCGCUCGACGACUACCUGGCGACGAAGGAGGGCAUGCGCUUCAUGGAGUUCGUGAAGAUGAAGUCCGCGCCGCAGGCGUCCGUCUUCGCCGUCGGCACGGGCAUCGCGGAGGCCUACGCGUCGGUCCACGACGUGCGCGCCGUGCUCGCGGCGCUCUUCGAGGGGGCGAGCCGCGUCGAGGACGCGAAGAAAGCGCGCGAGGCCGCGCGCGCGGCGAAGACGGCGCUGCUGGCGCUGGAGAUGGACGCGGCCGCGCCGUCGGGCGCGUCGUCCAUCGAGCAGCAGAUGAAGCGCGCGGGCAUCGACAGCGUCUUCCGGCGCGUCGAGUUCCUCACGGCGCGGCGCGGUUUAAGGUUGCGCGACGUCUGCGAGCUCAUGGACACGGCGAACUCGGGGACGGUGGGCGUCGCGAAGAUCGUCGCGUUCAUGCAGGCCAUCUCCCUGCGCACGCCGCCGCCGUCCUACGAGGCCGCGCGCGUGAAGAACGCGGACAAGGCCGCCGUGGCCGCGGCGGCGAACGCCGCGCGGGCCAAGGAGGAAUUGGACUUCACGAUCCGCAUGCGCGCGGCGGAAGAGUCGGGCUGCUUCGCGUCCUUCGCGCUCCUGGACCGCUACUUCUGCCGCUUCCAGCUCAAGGCCGAGGACAUCUGGUACCACGGGCGGGCGAAGAAGGAGGGCUUCCGCCGCGCCGCGGAGUGCAAGACGGACGACUCGGACGCGCUCGCGGCGGGCGAGUUCCACAAGCUGCUCCUCCAGGCCAAGGUGUCGCUGACCUUCGAGCAGGUGAAGAAGCUCGUGGCCUACCUCGACACGGACGGGUCGGGGAAGAUCGAGCACGACGAGCUCCAGGCGGCGAUCUUGGACUACCGCCGGUUCAAGCGCGCGAAGCAGCGGCUCGAGCUCAAGCGCGCGUCCGCGGAGCGGCGCCUCUUCCUCGACCGCCAGGUCCUGCUCCUGCUCCAGUACCUCGUGCUCGUCGGCGAGGGCAACAAGCUCAAGGACCAGCAGUACCAGGCCUACGCGACGGCCGCGCUCGGCAACGCGAACGCGAACGAGGCCAAGGACGAGGCCCUCCGCGAGACCAUGGCCCAGGUCGGGCCCAACGGGCCCCACGACCAGUUCAUCAACGUCGUCGACAUGCAGCGCGCCAUCGAGAAGUCCUCGAACCUCGCCAUCGCCCAGUACUUCCGCGAGGUCCGCGAGCGCCUCCACUCCGACGCGCUCGAGAGCAUGCUGCGCCCCGCCGACAAGACCCUCGUCAAAGACGCGGCGACGGCCAGCGUCGCGGCCGUCGCCGUGGCCGCCGCCGUCGGCUCGCAGUUUUCGACCUGCGCGCACUGGUCCGCGUCGCUCGUCGACAAGUGCCGGAGCGCGCUGUCCCAGGACCUGCCGCACGACCUGAGCCACUUCGUCGCGCCGUUCGUCGAGCCGCUCUGCGGGACGCUGGCCGAGGGGCACUGGGCGCUCUGCGCGAUCGUCGUCGCCAACGCGGCGUGCUACCUGCCGGCGAAGGUGCACCUAGACGCGUGGGCGAUCUCGCGGCACACGCUGAGCCACGAGCGGCUGCUCAAGUCCCAGCUCGCGCACGCGAACCACGGCCACAUCCUGGGAAACAUGCUCACGCUGCUCGCCGUCGGCUCGGAGGUCUCGGCCGCGCUCGGCUGCAACCAGCUGCUCCUCCUCGCGCUCUACCUCGCGUGCGGCUGGGCCGGCGGCGUCGCGGCGGCGCUCCUCUCCCCGGCGCACACGCGGACGGUCGGCGCGUCGGGCGCGGUGUCGGGCGUGAUCCUCGCGCUCAGCGUCCUGCGCCCGAACGCCGCGGUGGACAUCCUCGGCGACGUCAAGGCCGCGCACCCGCUCAUGCUGCUCUUCGGCACGCUCAUGGCCGACCUGACGCGCGGCGGCAUCUCGUGGCCGAGCGGGAAGACGGAGUACGAGGGCGACCCGCUGGCGGCGCACGGCGGCGUCUACGCGCAGCUCGACGGCGCCGCGCCGCCGCCGCGCUUCGCGGAGCACGGCGGCGACCUCGGCGGCUGGCGCGACGCGGCGGCGGCGGCGGACGGCGCUGCGCGCCUCGGCCACGACCACGUCGACGUCCAGGGGUUGAUGCGAUCGCCGCCGCUCGGCACGUCCCAGGACGUCAUCCACGUGCAGUACUGGGUCGCGGGGAAGAUGCGCGUGACGCGCAACGGAACCUAUACCGUCUCGUGCCGGUCGCUCCACGCCUUCGAGCUCCGGGACGCCAACGGUGUUAUUAUCGGCCCCCUCCUCGGCGACGUCUACGGGCGGGGCCACGCGACGCCGCUGAAGCUCGGCGCGGGCGCCUACGACGUGGUCUCGCGGGUAAGAGGGAAGCUGCCGCUGCAAUUCUCCUGCGCCGCCACCUGGGUCCACACGAAGCACGUCGGCCUCGCGGCCAAAGUCGUCGGCGCCGCGCCGGACCUCGUCCGCGGUCGCUUCGUCAACGACGCGGCCGUGCUGUGUCUGGAACUUCGAAACCUCAGUCCGACGGCCUGGAAGUUCGCUCACGCCACGCUCACCGACGCGGGCGGCGGCUUCGCGCUCGGCGGCGCCGCCGACCCCGUGUCCCUGGCGCCCGGGUCGACGACGAGCGUGCUCCUGCGCCUCGCCGCAAACGGCCCCGCCGACGACGUCGAGGCCGACGGCUGCGCCGAAUACGAAAUCUACGUCGCCGCCGUCGUCGUCAAGGGCGCGCUGCGCUGCCGCGCGCGGAGCCAGAGCGCGCUCAUGACCUUCGCCGACGGCGACGGGUCCCUGGGCGCCGCGGGCGUCCUCUUCCCGCGGCGCGGGGACGGCGCGGGAAAUUCGGUCGUGCUCUCGCUGGCGGGCGUCGGCGUGUCCGCGCAGGCGCAGGCCGACGCGUACAAGCGCAAGGUCGACGAAGCCGACGCGGACUACACCUUCGGCUUCGAGGAUCUGUGGGUGCUCUGCCCGGACCGCGCGGGCCCCCACAACUGGGAGGACCUGGGCCUGCGGACCGCGGAAAGGGCGGUGCGCGUCCUCGCCGCCGACCGCGGCGCGGACGCCACAAACAUCGUCGUCCACGGCCACUCGCGGGGCGGCCACGGCGCCUGGGGCUUCGCCGUGCGCUUCCCGGAUCUCGUGAGAGGCGUCUUCUCCGCCUGCGGCUGGUCGAGCAGGGAGGAGUACGGCGACGCGAACAAUCUAUGGACCCACGAGACGGCGCUCGCCCACGCGGACCGCGCGCUCCUGGGGACGCUCCAGGGCGCUGUGGGCGACAACGACAACGCGCUCUUCCUGGCGAAUCUACGGGGCGCGAAGGCGCUCGUGCGGGUGGCGUCCCGGGAUCGCACCGUGAGCCCGUGGUUCGGCCGCAAGGUCGCGCGGCUCCUCGACGAGCACGGCGCCGACGUCGAGUUGGACUCCGUCGACGCGGACCACUGGUGGUGGGACACGGCGCGGCCCAACGACGGCGGCGCGGUCCACGACGACGCGGCGCGGGCCUUCACGCUCGCGGCCGCGGCCGCGCGCCGGACGACGCUGGCCGACGUCUUGGCGAAGGGCCCCGUCACGGUCGUCGCCGGGUCGCCCCAGACCUACGGCGGCCGCUUCGGCCUGCGCGUGGUGGACCGGCCGGACCCGGGCGCGCGCGCGUUCGCGACGUUCAAAUCCAACGCUUCGCUCGAGACGCGGAACGCGCGGCGCCUCGCGCUCGCCGGCGAGGCCCUCGCGGCGCUGCCGUUGACCAUCGACGGCGACCGCGUCGACGCGCCGGAGACCUGCUGCGACUCCUUGGAUCUGUGCCGGGAGAAUGCGUCCUGGGCGCCGUGCGCGGCGCCGCCGCGGCGCCCGCCGGAGCUCCGGGGCCCCAUGCGCCACUUCUUCGCCGAGCCCUGGGUCGUCGUGCUGCCCCGGGACUACUCCGACGCCGAGCUCGCGUUGGCCACCUACGUCGCGUCGAACCACUACGUCUGGGCGCGGACGAGCACGCGCGUCGUGUCCCUGGCCGACGCGGCGCCGCUGCGGAACUCGCACCGCUUCCUCUACCUCGGCCUGCGGGCCCAGGACCGCUUCCCGGACACGGACGGCUGGCCCGUGCGCGACGUCGGCGGCGCGCUGCGCGUCGGGGACUGCGCCGUCGACGCCGCGGACGGGCCCGGCGCCGCGUUCCUCGCGCCGUCGCCGGCGGGCCGCCUCGACCUCGUCGUCACCGCGAGCCGCGCGGAAACGCUCGCGUGGCUCGCGACGACGACGUUCGCGUCGAACCAGCCCCACACGCGCGCGCCCUUCUCGAACAUGCUCCCGGACUUCGUUCUGGUCGACGAGGACGCGCGGUGGACGGGCGUCGGCGGCGUCCGCGCCGCGGGCUACUUCGACGACGCCUGGGGCGUCGCGUCCGGGUUCUUCUCAUGCUAA